GACGAAAGUCCGCCCUCCUUGUUCUGUUGCACUUUGAGUUGUUUUCCAGGCAACCAGAAGCCCCCUUGGAGAGAAGAGGACUGAACCCAGCAGGGUGGGAAAUUGCCUGGUCUGCAGCCCCAAACCAUAUUCUAGCUGCCCAGCACUGCUGAGGGCUCGGCCAGGCAUCCAGCCUCGUCUCGGCAGGCGCUUCAAGGGCUGGGAACAUGAUGGGGAUUUGAUAAGCAGCCCCCAGAGGAUCUGUACGGGCCAGGAGGGGUCAGACGGCAGCUGGGCCUGAGCAGUUUGUCCACCCCUGUCCUAGAAGGAUCCACUCCGGACAGCAGUUUUCCCCCUGGUUGGUCACAGCAGAUCCAUAUUCCCCGUUGGCUGCUCACAUCCUAGCCGUCCUCAUGGGCUACGAUUCCUUGCUGGGUUACCCCAAGAUGAAGGUCUACAGAGAAAAAGAGGAUGUCACUCUGGACCCAGAUACAGCUCACCCCAAUCUGGCCCUUUCCAAGGACCGGAGAAGUGUGACAGCCACAAAGACAAAGCUAGCUCUGGCCAACAACCCAGGGAGAUUCGACAUUUACUCCUGCGUGCUCGGCUCCGACGGCUACGAGUCAGGGACGCAUUACUGGGACGUGGAGGUGGCUGGCACAGGGGGCUGGGCUCUGGGAAUCACCAGGGAGUCUGCCAGCAGGAAGGGAUGGUUCAUGUUCAGUCCCAAGCAAGGCAUGUGGGCCAUCCAGCUCUCCAGGGGCCAGUACCGGGAAGUCACUGCGGAAUGGAGCCCGCUGGACCCGCCCCAGAACCCUGGCAAGAUCAGAGUGUAUCUGGACUAUGAAGGAGGGGUUGUGUGCUUCUACGAUGCUGAUACCAUGGCCCCCCUCCACGCCUUCACCUCCUCCUUUUCUGGGAAGAUCUACCCGUUCUUCUGGGUCUGGUCUGUAGGGACCUCCCUUAGACUGUGUCCCCCACAACCCUCCAAUAACUGAGGGCACAGUCUAGAGGCUGCUGCCAUUUCUGAGGACAUCAAUGGAUGUUGGAUCAUGUUUUGUCUCAGCCAGAGAUUGAAGCAUGAACACCCUGAUGCAUCUGGAUUUUAGCCCAUGAGGCAGCAUCUCCCUUAAACACCUCUUCGCUGCCUGCCACGCUGCCCCUUGUGCAUGGCAAAUGCUCCCUAAUAAAACCCAAGCAGCUACUACCUUCUCCUCCCCCAGGUCCCUCCUUAAUGGUCACCUCUGCCAUGAUGCCUCCAGAACUCAGCCUGGUGAUCAGGGCUAGACAAGUGAUCUGCUGUGAAUAUGACUUUCUCAUCUUUCCUAUCUUGCUCUACCUUUACCUCUAAUUGAAAAGAAAUAUACCCUGUGUAGCUAGGUAAGGUGGUCCAAUUCUUCCCCGUACUGUGAGAGAAAUGAGAAUUCUGGUUUAGCAUGUGUGUUAAUUGUUUUGUGUAAGAGGGAAUUAAUAUAGAUGUCAGUGCAGCUCUCUCCUUCUAGGUGUAUAGGGUAUAAACUGGUGAUGAAUUCACUGAGGCUGGAAAUUAGAAGGAGCUUUCUAAUGUAGCCUUUUUUCUAGUUAACGUGAAUUUUGUGCUGUGGUAUUACAGCACCGUGGGUUUGACUUUGGCGGCUACAGUUUCAAGCUUAACAGUGUGAAAGUCACCUCUGCUAUUUGCUUUAGAGAUAGAAUCUUUAUGAACACAUGAAGAUCAAGCAUAGUGACCACACAUACAUUCACAAGUACAAGGUCUCGUCUGUUUUACAAGUUUUAUUAAAGUUAUGAUUACCUGAGUAUAUAGAAAUUCUAUACAGACCUAUGCACAAGUUACAAAUAUAGUUAUACUCACAUCCUCCUAGAUAGUGUUAGGAUCUGUUGUAUCUCUCAUGACUUGAUCAUCAGUAGAGGGAUGGUUCCUGCUGGGGUUCCCAUAGGGAACUCCAUUUUUCUAAUCUAGGCGCCCGCUUUAUAAUUUGAUUCUGACUAUAACUUAUUCUAGGCAUGUCCAUAAAAGUGUUAACCCUCUUUUCUCUUAUUGGUCUGCUGUCUCCUUGAAACUUAAGGGACCCCGAUUUUCUAUAGGAUAAGUUCCCUUUGUUCUCAUUAGCAUUGACACACAACCUGUAUCCUGUGGUUAAGAUACAUGUCAGAGACAGAUUUGCCUUUACAGUAUUGUUAUGAUCUAAUAUUAAUCUUCUGGGUAAUUUUUCGCAUUACCACCACUUGGUACCUCUUUUCCCAUAAUCUUAGGGCAUUGGGUUAUUUCUCGGUCAUUGGUUUAUGUCAUCAUUUCUUGUCUUCAAGGCCUAAAAUAUCUAAACUGAAAUUUUGCAGGCCUCAGCCUACAGAUUCUUGCAUUUCAGCUUGUCUUACUUAUGUCUAAUGCAUUAUUCUUUUAUAUACUAAUUAAUCUUAUACUUUUAUAACCCUACAAAUUAACUCUAAUUAACAUACAAUGAAUAUAUAACAUGUUGAUAAAUGAAAAUAAACUAAAAUCAUUGGAUACA